AUGGGGCCCAUCCUCCCCUGCCUGAUGGAGGUCCGUCCCAGCAAGAGCUCUGCCAGGGCAGCUUUGCUAUCCCUCGUCCUUGUGGCCACGCUGGGCAGCCCCUCGCUGCAGAAAUCCCUGCCCGUGGCAUACAGAGACCACGAGGGUCCCCGGGAUGGCAUGGGCCUGAUCCAGUGCGGGGAGUACAGCAACCAGGUGCUGCCCAAUGGCCGCUGUAAGAUCGUGGCCACGCUGCCGCAGGGGGAUGAGCAGCGGUGCCCGGAUUUGUUCCGUUGCACCGAUGAGGUGUCCUACUGGCUCCAUGAGAAUGAGGAGCGCAAGCAGCAGAUCUUGGAGCUGCGGAAGCUGAUUUCAGAGCUUCAGGAGGAGCUGAGGAACCACCGGCACGGCAUCAAAGCCCUUGAGCUCCAGCAUGAGGAGGCAUCCGGCCGGAACCACAGCCUGGCUCAGCGGGUGCAGGACCUGGAGCACCAGUACAGCGAGGCCAGCACCCUGCAGCACAUCCAGGCCACGCUGCUGUACGACAUGCAGGCACAGAUUAACAACAUUUCCGUCCUGACCGACUGGGCCUGGCGCAAUCCCACCUGCCUGGGUCCUGCCGAGAUGAGGCUGCAGGAGGAGAUGCACCAUCCAGAGGCGAGGCACAUCAGGAACUGCCCCAUUGACUGCGCUUCAGUUUACUACAAUGGGCUCCGGCGAUCUGGUGUCUACAGCAUCAUGCCCUUAGUCGGAGGGAUGCCUAUUGAAGUGCUGUGUGAGAUGGACACUGAAGGUGGGGGUUGGACAGUCAUCCAGAGGCGUCAGGAUGGCUCAGUUGAUUUCAACCGGACCUGGAAUGAGUACAAGGAGGGCUUUGGGGACCUCAAUGGUGAGUUCUGGCUGGGCAACGAGAACAUCCACAAGAUGACAAGCCAAGGAGACUACUCUCUUCGCAUUGACCUGGAGGACUGGAACAGCAAGCACAAGCACGCCUUCUACCAGGUCUUCAGCAUUGAGGACGAGGCAAACUAUUACCGCCUGCAUGUGGAUGGGUUCAGCGGGACAGUGGAGGAUUCCUUUGCCUGGUACCACAACAAGAGGAGCUUCAGCACACCCGACACAGGGAACAUCUGCGCUGAGAUUUCCCAUGGAGGCUGGUGGUACCACCAGUGCUUUUUCUCCAACCUCAAUGGGGUGUACUACAAGGGCGGCCGAUACUCCAUUAAAAACCGCAAGGUCCUGGGGCCGGAUGGUAUCGUGUGGUACUCAUGGAAGGACACAGACUACUACUCCCUGAGGAAGGUGGUCAUGAUGAUUCGACCACGCACUUUCCGACCCCACCUCUCCCCAUGA